AUGAUCACGCGCUACUACCACUCGUACUUCGCCCAUGCGGAGGAGAGGAUUGGCGUGCAGAUCAGGAUGUUCUCCUGGGCAUCCAUCCCCGUCGACGACAUGUACAACCAGAUCAUGGCGUGCUCCCGACAGGAGCACAUACUGCCGGACGUUGACGGCGACGAGGCCAACACGGCGAGCGCCGCGGCCGACGGCUCCAACAAAUCCAAGGCCAUCUUGAUCGCGUCGCUGCAGGGCGAGUACUACGAGAGGAUCAAGUCGACGUACUACGAGAACGCGGCGGAGGGCGGCGGCAGGGUGGGGGUUUUCCAGCCGAGCCACGAGGAGCGGCAGACGAUGGGGCAGCGGUCGCACAACCAGAAGGCGCUGGCGGAGAUCUACCUGCUCAGCUUCUCCGACGUGCUGCUCACCACGGGGAUAUCCACGUUCGGCUACAUGAGCAGCAGCCUCGCGGGGCUGCGUCCCGCCAUGCUCAUGAUCGCCAAGGACCACAAGGUGCCCGAGACGCCGUGCGUGCGCGCCGUGUCCAUGGAGCCGUGCUUCCACAUGACGCCCGAUGUCAGGUGCCAGGGGAAGGCGGUGAACAAGGAGGAGCUGUCUCGGCACGUCAAGGAGUGCGAGGAUGUACCCAAAGGGAUGAAAUGGAUUAAAGGCAUCAAGUUAGUUGAUUAG